GCGGCGCUGAUGGCGGCCGUCCUGUCCCCGCGCCUCUGCGACAGCGACCCCGCCACGCCCGGCAACCAAUCCCUGAAGGAUGACACUGAAGAAAAUUCCAAUGAUGGCAGCCAGCCAUCCAAAAGACGGCGGAUGGGCUCAGGGGACAGUUCUCGGAGCUGUGAGACUUCUAGUCAGGACCUUGGAUACAGCUAUUUUCCUGCUGAAAACCUGAUAGAGUACAAGUGGCCACCAGAUGAAACAGGGGAGUACUAUAUGCUUCAGGAGCAAGUUAGUGAAUAUUUGGGUGUGACUUCCUUUAAAAGAAAGUAUCCAGAUUUAGAACGACGAGAUUUGUCUCACAAGGAGAAACUCUACCUCAGAGAACUAAAUGUUAUCACAGAGACUCAGUGCACGUUAGGUCUAACAGCUUUGCGUAGUGAUGAAGUAAUUGAUCUUAUGAUUAAAGAAUACCCUGCCAAACAUGCUGAGUAUUCUGUUAUACUGCAAGAGAAAGAACGUCAGCGAAUAACAGAUCAUUAUAAAGAGUACUCUCAAAUGCAGCAGCAGAACACACAGAAAGUAGAAGCCAGUAAAGUUCCAGAAUAUAUUAAAAAAGCUGCCAAGAAAGCUGCAGAAUUCAACAGCAAUUUAAACCGAGAGCGAAUGGAAGAAAGAAGAGCCUAUUUUGAUUUACAGACACAUAUUAUCCAGGUGCCUCAAGGAAAAUACAAAAUCUUGCCUACAGAGAGAACAAAGGUUAGUCCUUAUCCAGUGGCUCUCAUACCCGGCCAGUUCCAGGAGUACUACAAAAGAUAUUCUCCAGAUGAACUUCGUUACUUACCAUUAAACACAGCUCUUUACGAACCCCCUUUGGAUCCAGAGCUGCCUGCAUUAGACAGUGAUGGGGAUUCAGAUGAUGCAGAGGAAGGGCGAGGUGACGAGAAACGGAAAACCAAAGGCAAUUCGGACAAUUCGUCUGGCAAUGUAUCUGAAGGUGAUUGCGCCACAGACAACCAGGAAGAUUCUUUUCAGGGAAGACAAAAAACGAGAGACAAAAGUGCUACUCCAAGAAAAGAUGGUUCCAAACGUUCUGUAUUAUCCAAAUCAGUUCCUGGGUACAAGGUAGAAGAAAAAAGCCCCUGACUGAACAUCUUUACUGACCAGCCUCUCCCUGAAAUACUUGUAUUUCAGUAUUAUGGAACUUCUGCUUGCUGUACUUCACUAGCUGCUCUCCUGUUGUGUGCUCCAUCUGUUUGCUUCCUUACUUCCUUUUUGCUUUUAUUUCACAUGGGCCUCUCCUGUACUCUAGCUAUUCAGCGGCCUCUGUUUCUGUUAACUUCUCUGAUUCCUAGGCAGCUACACUAGAAAAAUCCAUUGUGGACUGGUCGUUGGAACUCUACAUCUUUCUGUCUGCCUUGACUUUGACGUGCCAGUCAGAAUUAGUUGCCAGUUCAAAACUAGCACUUGGUAUCCGUUAUUUUUUGUACUGUUUAGUACAUACCUAGAGAUCAGCGCUGUAAAGUGCAGCGAUGUGGCUGAACAUGUUGUUAUAAUGUUCAUUUUAAAUAGUCUUUCGUCUUGAGAUGUUAUGAUGUAUAGGAUGAAAGGCAAGAAGCUUGCAACAAUUGUACAGGCAACACUACAUAACCACUUUAACACUAUAUGGAAAAGAACAUUUUAUGUAGUUGAUACUAUGUAGAAAAGUUUGUAGGCAAUGUGCUUUUAUCUGACUCAUUAGGAUGUUAAUACAUUUGAGCUAUGAAGCAGUGAUUGCCAACCUAAGACACAAAUUAUCAGUAUUACUGUAGAAUAAUUUUAAAAAAAUGAGAUGGUAAGAAGAUUGAUAAAAAUACUUUUCAGAAGAAACAGAAGUCGACGUGUGUUAUCAUUUUUUUCUGCUUAACAAGAAGUGUUUUGAGUAUAACUGAACACUUCUAAAACAUGUUGUCCAAUCCUGUUCCACUGAAAAGAAUGAGAAUUAUCCUUUGACAUACAGGAACAGGAAUAGGUCUAUAGAAAAGAAAAACAUUACAUUAACAUAAGGUUUAUAGAACAAACAGGAGUGCAUGUUAAGAGAGGUUAUGAAAAAGAAAACUGUCAGUGGCAAGAUCAUGCAUAUCAAGAAACUUUCUCAGCAAGAGUGUGUUGUUGAUGGUUUGCAUUCUGUAUUCAAAACUGUUUCUGAUCUAUAGGCACCAAGUUAACAAUAAAUAAGCUAUAAACUAAGAAGCUAAUAUACAGCAAGAAUUGGACAGCUUUGAUAAAUUUUCUCUGCAUACAGUAACUGUAAAAAUUCAUAACAGGUGUGAAGCUCCGAUUGUGUUUUGUCUUUCAUAAACUUAAAUAUGCAAACUAUGGAGAUUUAGACUGUGGUACCAUAAGUUUAUUUUUUAUAUGUAACUUCGCAAAUUGUUGUAGACUCAGAAUGCAUACCUAUGUUCCCAUGAACAUGAAAUCCUAUGAUGGCACUUGACGUUCUUUUAGCUUUGUUUACCUUGACGUUAGUGAUUGUGUGCCACUGGUUUACAUAAAGAAGUUUCACUUAACUUUGAGAUUUCUGAGUAUUUGAUUUAGUUUAAUCUAUGCAUGGCCUUUUGAAUGCACAGAGAAAAUGAUUUUAAGCAACAGAACUUUAAAAAAAGUUACACUGAUGGUAUACAGCAUUGCAUUUCGGAAAUGGAUUCCCAUAGCAAUUAUGGGUUCAAAAUCACCAACUGCAUGAGUAACAAUCUGUUACUGGAAAUUCACAGUGCCACAUCUUUGCAAUGGCAGCUGUAUCCUGCCUGCAUCAGCCCUCAGCCCGUUGAUAGGUCAAGGUGGUGAUGUUGUGUUGGGAGGACUGGCUUUCUUGUUCAUGGGAGUGUUUAAAUGCUUUCAGUAAACUCAAUUAUAUGAGACACUUUAGCUGGUAAGACAGAAAGACUUGUUUGUUAAUCAGUUAAAAACACCAGAUAAUUAUAUACCACACGUGCCUGAAUGUUAAGGCACUUCGAGCUGAAGACUUAACUGAUUUAAAAUGUUGUCCCUGUGAAUUCUAAAACUUUGUAAUACCUGUGUUCUGUAUCAUUCUC